ACGUAAGAGCCAGUCUGAAAGUGCAAUGGCGAUAUUGGACAAUAACAGCCGUCGCUUUUGGGGACCACAUCUAUAUUAUGUGGCUAAGGUUGAAGGAAACACGUCCAGUCGGCUGCAGGAGCGCGUGUAACAGCGGCACAGUGCACGAGCGUCCAGCUGCCACGGGGAGAAGAGAUUCCACAGCCUCUGCACGCGAUGACAGUUUAGACUAAAAACGCUGGUGUGACGUGUGAAUAGACACCAUGGCCACACAGGAACCGUCCCCGCCUUCGUCCAUGGAGAGCAACAAACCCGGCUUUCCCAAGAAGAUCCUGGGCAAUAAGCUGGAGGACAAGCACCUGUGCAACUGCUGCCACAACAUACUCCGACGACCAUUUCAGGCCCAGUGUGGACACCGCUUCUGCUCCUACUGCUUCAACAGGACAGUGAGUAAUGGACCCCAGAAAUGCAACGCUUGCAUUAAAGAAGAGAUUUUUGAGGACCCUACGUCGAUUCUGAAACAAGGAUGUGCUUUUCCUGACAACGCCGUUCGAAGGGAAGUUGAGAACCUAACAGCUGUUUGUAUCAACGAGAGUUGCACGUGGACAGGCAGCGUCAAAGAGUACGAGAUGAGCCACGAGGGGAACUGCGAGUUCAUGAUCAUCCCCUGCCCCUCCUGUAAGGAAUGCAUCCGCUUCAACGAGCAGGAGCGCCACAACGAGCGAGAGUGCCCGGAGAGAACGCUCAACUGCAAGUACUGCAAGGAGCCAUUUCACUUCAAAAAUAUCAAGGCACAUGAUGAAAUCUGUCCCAAGUACCCGAUGAUCUGUGAAGGCUGCGCCAAGAAGAAAAUACCCAGAGAAAAGUACGUGGACCACAUUAAGUUCUGCAGCAAGUUCAGAACCCCGUGUCGAUUCCACGUGGUGGGAUGUGAUAUGUCUGUGGAGAAGGAAAAGAUUCAUGACCAUGAACGCGCCUUUGCCUACGAGCACCUCAACCUGCUGCUGCACUACAUCAUGGGCAUGAAAGUGAGUAUGGAGGGCCUGCAGCCCCAGGGACUGGAAGUCGCCGGACACAAACUAGUAGAACUUCAGCAGUCCCUCAGGGAGCUCGAGGCCAGAGUCUCCCAGCUCAGCACCACCUCCUCUGGGCCUCCCGUGCAGGGAGCUGCCGCCGCCGCCUCCUCCUCAUCCUCCAGCAGUGGCCCCCCUGGUCCACCCAUUUCAGCUCCUCUCCCUCCACCUCCCACAUUAGCUCCCACUCUCUCUGUGUCUACCUCUUUCACACCUUUGCCCAGCUCAGUGGGUGCAGCGUUGGAGCUCCAGCUCCACAGUGAGAAGACCAAGGUGAUCGAGCUGGGACGCAGGUGCACGGAGCUGGAGGUCAAAUCUGGCACGUUUGAAAACGUGGUUUGCGUCCUGAACAGAGAGGUGGAGAGGUUUGCCACCACCAUGGAGGCCAGCAACCGUCAGCAUAAACUGGACCAGGAUAAGAUCGAGGCUCUGAGUAAUAAGGUGCGACAGCUGGAGAGGACAGUGGGGCUGAAAGACCUGACAGUAGCCGAGAUGGAGGGUCGACUACGGGAAAUGUCUGCCACUACCUUCGAUGGCGUCUUUGUGUGGAGGAUCUCUGAUUUUGCCAAAAAGAGACAGGACGCCAUCGCUGGUCGAGCCCCUGCCAUGUUCUCACCAGCCUUCUACACCAACAAGUAUGGCUAUAAGAUGUGUCUGCGGAUCUAUCUGAAUGGAGAUGGGACGGGGCGUGGCAGCCACCUGUCCUUGUUUUUUGUGGUGAUGAGAGGUCAGAGUGACGCCCUGCUCAAAUGGCCCUUCAACCAGAAGGUGACUCUGAUGCUGCUGGACCAGAGCAACAGGGAGCACAUCAUUGACGCCUUCCGACCUGACGUCACGUCGUCCUCCUUCCAGAGACCAGUGAGCGAGAUGAACAUCGCCAGCGGCUGUCCACUCUUCUGCCCGCUCUCCAAACUCGAUGGCAAGAACUCCUACAUCCGCGACGACACCAUCUUCAUCAAGGCAAUUGUGGACCUCACCGGCCUCUAGGUGACUUCACACGGUGGGACAGUUUGGCAACCAGGCAGCUCUUUGACCAUUACGGCUUCACGUUAGCUCAAUUGUGGUUCCUUUUUAGGGCUCAGGCAUCUUACUGUCCUCCUGCGGCGAUAGGGAGACAAACAUGCUUGCAACUGUACGCUGGUUGAGGCUGCAGUUAGCUCAGGCCAGGCGGCGCUGGCAUCGUCAUACCCGGUGGUCUCGAUGCGUGAACCACCGUCAUUGCUGUACAUUUUGGGUGCAAAAUGUUUUGUUUUCUUUUGACAUCCGAGCACCCACUCCACCAGGUGAUGAAAGUGUCCCAUUCUGCACAAGUUAAAGGACACAGACGUAAGCACCAGUGCAGCGAGGUCAGCGCAGUGUUGAGUGGAAGCAGGUGUGCGUGAUAAGAUGGAGUGAAAAGAGUGAACGUCUUUUUUUUAUCUCCUACUUCUGAAUAAGUGGGACGUCACUGAACAUGUGUUGGGGCCGGAUUGUAGAUUACAGGUAGUGUAAGUGGUGAUUCUGAUGUCGCUGUAGAAAGCUGGCAGUAGACUUGCUAUAGAGUUUAGAGUGUGGCUUGAUGCAGUUUUAGCUUUUUUAUCUUGCAGACUGUGGAUAUUGUGAGCUUCUCAGUGUGGAGUGUGGAGUGAAUUUGCAUAGACAAACGUGGAGUUAUGUUAUGAAUAAGAUUACAGGCAUUUAUUUUUGCCUCUUUUCACACAAAGUGCAUGCUGCUGGCCUUUUUAAGUAUAAAAUUGCUCCUUAAUAUGAUUGAGCUUCAUGAGGGUUCCUCGUUUGUUGUUAAACUUGUUAGUGAAUUAGCCAUCCGUGAUGGUGGACAUUGCCUGCAUGUUUUUUGGAAACAGGCUAUUUACAUGUAAAGUUAGUGUUGCGUACGUGUUCCGAAUAGGGGUUGGUGGUUCUGAUCAGUGGUUUGGUACAUCUGUGGAAGAUACAGUGAAGUUACCAAGGAGUCAGGGCAGCUUGCCAGACAAACCUGAGGCAUAAAACUUAUGUGUUUUUGUCUCCGACAAACAAACAUCGCUGGAGUUUUCCCCAGGAUGUGCUCACUAAGCUCACAUCUCAACGCAUAGUGCCGCGCCCCACCACAGACUGAGGUUAACACAGAUUCCACGAAAUGAAGGAAUUGUCCGUUCCUUGUUUUCUGUUCCUUACAGUAUACAGUGCGUGUGUGUUUCUGCUGCUCUGAGAUAGAAUACUGAUGUUGAAUCUAAUAUAUACGUAUAUGUUGGUGCAAAUAUACAUGAGGUAGAUGUAUGUGUGGAGGGUGACAGGCUGAAAACAAGAAGUUGUAAUGCACUGAGGUAGGUGACGGGCCAUUGUUUACUUUAUUUCCCGCAUAUUGAUAUUCAAAUACAGCCCCAGACCAAUCUUUCAAAGUGUUUUAUUGUAUUCUUUGACAUAUUUCUAGUAAGACACAAGCCAAACACAAAAUUCAAAGAAUACAGAGACGUUGCUGUAAUUUUUCAAUGUGUCCACCAGGGACUGCUGUUCUACUUACUUAGCAUGCAUGCUGAGGUUUUAAGGUUCACGCUGGCCUGUUUGAAAACCAGUCUCGACCUGUAUUGAAACCUCUCUGUGCAUGGGAGGCUUCAAUUCACAUCCACUAUGGAGUUUCACGCCGGGUUUACUCUGUGAGCCACGUGUGAGAGCGUUUAUUUGUAUUUGUUUGGAUGACAAGACGUAAUCAUAGAAUAGUUAUUAUGUUAUACCUGGCACUGUGUCUGUUCAACAGAGGCAUCUGCCUAUAUUCAUAGCAAUUUAUAAAUAUGUAUCUUUCAUAUCAUACUGUUGAAAUAAUCUAUAUAUCAAAGUUAAUAUACACAAGAUGUUAUAAUAAACAUAGUAUUGCUGAAUACCUUAUUAAUUCUAUAUCUAUAUACAGAUUUUUCUUUCUUUUUUUGUCAAGAUGGUUUGAACAGGCCAGGACAACCCCUUUGUGCAGUAAGGACUUAGGAUUCCUUCUAGAGUGCAAUAUAUGAUUAUGUCUUAGAUUGUAAUGACAUCUUGGCUUUAAAGGGUUUUUAGAGAGGUCAUACUCAACAGCUUAUUGGUUGCUACGUGUUUACAUUAGCCAUUAUAGCGCUGAAGACCUGCAACCAAUGUCAAACUGUCCAAGGAAAAUAUGGUGCUUUCCUUGCCAUUAAGCAUACAUUACUCGAUGUCACUGACAUGGGAAUCUGUAGUCAGUAGCUCUCCAUGAAUAUGGCGGCUCAGUGAGCCGAAGACCAUUUUAAUGUUGAGGAAUUAUUGCUCUAUACGGCGAGGUGAUUUCUAUCUCUAACUCAAAAUAACUUUCAGUAAAGACUGAGCAUGUAAUAGGGAAGAUUACAUGAACUUUUUAAACCGUGAGUGUUCUUGUAAUGUGCCAAAAUCAGAUACUAUUACCUCCAUAUACUACUAACUGUUGUAUUUCGAGUUGUAUUUUGUGUUCUAUGCCUAAUAUAUGGUGCCAAAUAUACAGUAUUUAUAUUUAAUUUGUAUGUAUGUGUGGCCGUGGAUGUG